UCGUUGCAUGAGGGUGUGUUUCCGGAAAACGUGGCUGUUGCUGCAGUGGCAGCUGUCAUCUUCUUAGAUGAACGCUUAAAAAUUCCCUUCUACGCUUGGUCGUCGAGUUAGUGUCAAGAUGAUUUCUCUAACGGAUUCACAAAAAAUCGGAAUGGGAUUAACAGGCUUCGGCGUGUUUUUCCUGUUCUUUGGGAUGAUCCUGUUCUUUGACAAAGCACUCCUGGCAAUUGGAAAUAUCCUGUUUGUUGCAGGACUCUCCUUUGUCAUUGGCCUAGAACGGACCUUUCGUUUCUUUUUCCAAAAGCACAAAAUGAAAGCCACCGCUUUCUUCCUAGGGGGGGUGUUGGUCGUUCUAAUUGGCUGGCCCAUUAUCGGUGUCGUGCUGGAGAUAUACGGCUUUUUCCUCUUGUUCAGAGGCUUCUUCCCUGUUGUUAUUGGCUUCAUCAGAAGAAUACCUGUCCUUGGUUCCAUCUUAAACCUGCCCUUCAUUAGUGCAUAUGUGGACAGAGUGGGCGAAAGCAACACAAUGGUAUAACACAGGCAACUUGUACGAAAGGACGGCUUUGUUUGAACAGACGGCAAACAAAGCAGCGAAAUCUGCCAUAGGGCCAUUUUGAAGUUGCUACGCUGACUCGUUCAGACUACGACUGCCUCCUGCAGACAGAAGAUGAAGAAAAGACUGUUACGUCACUGAUCAUCACUGCCCAUCCAUAGUUCAUCACACCACCAACCUGUUACUCAAAUUCUGGGUGAUGCGUUUUCAAAUAGAGUGAAUCUUACAAGACUUGGAUGACUGAUGUCAUUAUGAAAUUAGAUGUGACGUGAUGAAUCAUGUGAAGCAUUCAAUCAGAAACUUUGUGCGACCCAUAUUGCCAUAUUAUCCUUGCCUCUUCUUGGGGAAGAACGCCUUAAUUUCCAGUGCAUAAACCGAUAAUUUCAUCAGAACAUCCAAACUGUUUUAUCAUCAAGCAUAAAUGUAAUUCCUAUGUGUAGUAAUUUAUUUACUUUUGACAUCCACCGACAUUUCCAGAAACCUUAUUAGUAAUGUAUACAAUACAGGCUGAUGACAAACUGUAUAGGGAGUGGAAAUGUUAUUUCAUUAGCUUUGAAAAAGUUCCUGGUAAUCUGUGUUGAAAUUUUAAGGUAUUUUUUAUAAAACAGGUUGAUGACAUAUGGAGGAGUACAAAAGUUUGAAUUAAAGUUCCUGGAAGUUUGGUGAAAAAAGUGGUCUUUAGACAGAAGAAAGACAAAUGUUGAUUUCUGUAGAAAGUUUUUGUAUUUUUAAGGGUUUUUUUUUAUUUAAAAAAAAUUCCUGCGUUGGAAAAGAUGCUAAUUGUACAUUGUAAAGUCAUUUGUUGUGUCUGUAAAAGAAUACAUCUGUAGGUAAACUUCAAGAAGUAUAUUAUAUACACUUAAGUGUACAUACAAAUGUAUUUCAGUAAAGCCAUAGCCAACGUGAGCUGGAUUUGAUGUAUAUUAUAUGUUGGCCAACUAAAUGAUGGACAUUACAGAAGGUUGGUACAAGCUGAUUUGAGUUUUUCCAUUUUUGCACAAAAAAUAUCUAAUUUUGUCUUGCUACAAUGACACUUUGCAUCUUUUUUAAUGCCUGACUGAUUUCAUGUUUAAAACAUCAAUAGACUACACAUUUGUUACCAAGUUACCCCAUUAAUGUGCAAAUUGUAUGCACAGUAUUUUGUAUGAAUGCGUCACUAAACAAAAUUGUACUUUUGCUGGACUCUUGUUCAGCACUACAGGUGAGCUGCACCUGACUGUAUGUAUAUGUCAGGAGUAUGUCAGGGUUUCCAAAAUUAUCCCAACAAGGGCCACAUGCUGAAAUGUUUUUAAAUUCAGGAAAAUAACGGCAACAAAUAAAUUAUUUGUAUUUAAAGACAAAACUUU